GCGAUAUAAACACGGGCAUUGCUCCAGCGCGUAUAUCACCGGUGAACGAUGUGGCUGUGAGACACAAAUUUGUUCGAUCCGUGUCUCACAGAUGAUAUUUUCAAAAUAUUUUUAGGCGAAAGCAUUGUGAUCAAACAAUACUCUUACGAGGAAAGCUACAACUAUUUCCUGAAAGCUGUGAAAUUUGCUUCUUAAAGUGGGAGAAAUUCUUCUGCGCGAUGUGCAGAAUUUGGUUUGCAAAGAAUAAUCAGAUUAUGUUCCAUACUGACCGGCCUUGCAAGCUUAUAUAUCGUUCAACAAUACACGAAAGAGCUCAACUUCAAGUAUCUAUGUGAGACACAACAAUGAAAGACCGUUUAUGUGAGACUCCUCGUCGCUCCAGUUUUCACAAACUUGCGUUCAAUCUUCUCGACCAAUUCCUGAGCCUCUUCGUCGUGACGUCAGCGGGUAUAUUCGUAUGGCGUGGGGCGUGGUUAUUCUUCGACGAAGUUCUCUUCCCCAAAAAUGCCACCGUCAGCGGAAUUGCAUCUCUCGGAAUCGGUUACAUAUUCGUAAUGAUGACUUUAUCUUUUAUCGAGAUGUGUGGCGGCCAUUUCAAACUGAAGGAGAAACAUCGAGAAUGGCGAAUAUUUAUGUACCCUUUAAGCAUUGCUGUUGUGCAUUCCUGGCGAGGCGUGUGGAUUCUGUUAAAUAUUUAUUUCUCCAAGAGUGAAUUACUCUUUAGUUCCCAUUUUGUAUCGUUUCUUGUUCUGGUAGCGACCAGUACCCUAUCAACAACAAUGUUCAUACCAUCCUAUUACGCAAACGAUUGCUUCGUGAUUCCUUUCGAAGCAAACACCAUGUUUGAGACGGGCAACACACGCUGCAAUCCGCUCUAUAAACUUUUAGAUUAUUUGUUUGCGAUAACAGUAAUCACGAUGUCGACGAUAGCAUUUUGGCGUUCAACCUGGGUGGCGCUUGAUAUUUAUGCUUUCCCGCAGCACAAGACUUUCAGUAAUGUUUUUUCCAUACUGAUUGGUUACACUAUCAUCGUGUCAAUUAAGAUAGUGGAAAGUCAUCUGAAGAAUGUAUUAAUAAACCAAAGUAAAGCCGUAAAGUUCGUUAUGCAAGCAGUUUUCUGCUACGCUAUGGCUUUUGCCACCAUCAACGUGUGGCGCGGUAUUUGGCAGAUAUGUGAUAUUUUCCUUCUUCCAGAGCACACUAUUCUUGUGGCUAUUACAUCGCACUUCCUUGGUCUCCUAGUUCUUUACCUAAGCCGAAGUGUCGUCAAUAUUGUGGGCUGUCCAUUUAGCAUUUCAGUUGAUUCGCUUGAGAAUCUGAGCGCGUUCGAUAAGACUAUAUGUGGCGUUACAAACUUCCAACGCCCCAAUCAUGGGGGGCAAGACAGUGUUUUCCGUCGUGAUGUUGAAAAAGGCGACGAAAUGAACAGCGUGAAGAAGAAAUUGCUAGUUAGCACUUCUUCUAAAAUGAACGAGAAACGACAACGACCGUUGUUAAAUAGACAUUCUGUUAUGUUAGAAAUUCGUUUUGUAAUUAGCCCACUGAACUCAAUAUAAAACUGGAGGGGCACUUUCCUCCAGAAUUUGAAGAUAAUUGUUGCACUGUGUAAAAUUUUGUAAAAAGAAUAUGUUCAAAUAAAGCACUUAGUUGUAUA